GCAGAAGUCCUGAAGGCUGACAUGACAGAUUCGAAGCUGGGUCCAGCAGAAGUCUGGACAUCCAGACAGGCUCUACAGGACUUAUAUCAGAAAAUGCUAGUGACCGAUUUGGAAUAUGCUUUAGAUAAAAAAGUGGAGCAGGACCUUUGGAAUCAUGCCUUUAAAAAUCAGAUCACAACGCUACAGGGUCAGGCGAAAAAUAGAGCAAAUCCAAAUCGGAGCGAAGUUCAGGCGAACCUUUCUCUGUUCUUAGAGGCAGCUAGUGGCUUCUACACACAGUUAUUACAGGAAUUGUGCACAGUUUUUAAUGUAGACUUGCCAUGUCGUGUAAAGUCUUCCCAGCUGGGAAUCAUUAGCAAUAAACAGACGCACACCAGCGCCAUAGUGAAGCCGCAGUCUAGCUCCUGCUCUUACAUCUGCCAGCACUGCCUUGUCCACCUUGGAGAUAUUGCUCGCUAUAGGAAUCAGACCAGCCAGGCAGAGUCUUACUACAGACAUGCAGCUCAGCUUGUCCCUUCUAAUGGUCAGCCUUAUAAUCAGUUGGCUAUCCUAGCUUCCUCCAAAGGAGACCACUUGACCACAAUUUUCUACUACUGCAGAAGCAUUGCUGUGAAGUUUCCUUUCCCAGCUGCCUCCACUAACCUACAAAAAGCACUUUCUAAAGCACUGGAAAGUCGUGAUGAGGUGAAGACUCGAUGGAGCGUGUCUGACUUCAUCAAGGCGUUUAUUAAAUUCCAUGGCCAUGUGUACCUGAGUAAGAGCUUGGAGAAGCUGAGCCCUCUUCGAGAAAAGCUGGAAGAGCAGUUCAAGAGGUUGUUAUUCCAAAAGGCCUUCAAUUCUCAGCAGUUAGUACAUAUUACUGUUAUCAAUCUGUUUCAACUACAUCACCUGCGAGACUUCAGCAAUGAAACAGAGCAGCACAGCUACAGCCAGGAUGAGCAACUCUGCUGGACACAGCUACUGGCUCUCUUCAUGUCCUUUCUUGGAGUUCUGUGCAAGUGUCCUUUACAAAAUGACUACCAGGAGGACUCUGGGGCUGCAUAUCCUCUUCCAGCUGUGAAGGUUUCAAUGGACUGGCUGAAACUUCGGCCCAGUGUUUUCCAGGAGGCAGUGGUGGAUGAAAGACGGUACAUAUGGCCCUGGCUGAUUUCUCUUCUAAACAGCUUCCAGCCUCAUGAAGAAGAUCUGUCCAAUAAUAAUGCAACCCCCCUUCCAGAAGAAUUUGAGUUGCAGGGAUUCUUGGCUCUGAGGCCCUCGUUCAGGAACUUGGAUUUUUCCAAAGGCCACCAAGCAAUUACAGGGGAUAAGGAAGGGCAACAACGUCGGAUACGGCAGCAACGUCUGAUCUUCACAGGCAAAUGGAUCGCUGAUAACCAGCCGAGGUUGAUUCAGUGUGAAAAUGAGGUAGGAAAGCUGUUGUUUUUGACGGAAAUCCCGGAAUUAUUACUAGAGGACCCUAGUGAAGCCAAAGAGAGUCUCGCCUUGCCAGACACAUCUAUUGCAGAGCCGCUAUCUACAGAUGGGAGCCCUGGACUCAAAUCAGUUCUGUCCUCUGGCAGAAGCUUGAACAGCAACUGUGACGCAGGAGAAAAACCAAUGGUCACGUUCAAAGAGAACAUCAAGCCACGGGAAAUGAACAGAGAGCAAGGGCGAAUCUACCCCCCUAAAGAUAUAGGUAGAAAACGGGACUAUAGCAAAGGAAUAGUAGCCAAUAAGAACGAUGGAAAGAAGGAUAACAAUAAAAGAAAGAAUGAGACCAAGAAGUGCGGCUUGGAUAAGAUGCAGGAAGCAGGAAAGCAGAACGUGGCAGUUCAGGUGAAGUCCCAGACGGAGAUGAGGAAGACUCCGGUGUCUGAAGCCAGGAAAACACCUGUAACUCAGACUCCAAGUCAGGCCAGCAGUUCUCAGUUCAUCCCCAUUCAUCACCCAGGAGCCUUCCCUCCCCUUCCUAGCCGUCCAGGGUUUCCACCUCCAACCUACGUUGUCCCCCCUCCUGUGGCUUUCUCCAUGAGCACGGGGUAUACCUUCCCAGGUGGUGUUUCUGUCCCAGGAACCUUCCUCCAGCCCACAGCUCACUCGCCUGCAGGAAACCAGGUGCAAGGUGGGAAACAAUCCCACAUUCCUUACAGCCAGCAACGGCCCUCCGGACCAGGGCCAAUGACCCAGGGACCUCAGCAAACGCCACCUCCUUCCCAGCAACCCCUCUCAUCUUUACCAGCUCAGGCAACAGCACAGUCCGCAAGCCAGUUACAGGUCCAAGCUCUGGCCCAGCAACAGCAGCAGCAGUCCCCUACGAAAGCUGUGCAGGGCCUGGGGAAGAGCCCACCACACCACUCCGGAUUUCAGCAGUAUCCGCAGACAGACUCGUCAAAGCAGCUCUGGAACCCACCUCAAGUCCAAGGCUCACUGGGGAAGAUCAUGCCCGUCAAGCAGUCCUAUUACCUGCAGGCCCAGGACCCUCUCAAAUUAUUUGAACAGUCAUUACAGCCUCCCGUGAUGCAACAGCAACCUCUGGAGAAAAAAAUGAAGCCUUUCCCAAUGGAGCCAUAUAACCAGAACCCCUCAGAAGUCAAGGUGCCAGAAUAUUACUGGGACUCUUCCUAUGGCAUGGCUGACAACAGGGUGAUGGCACAACAAUCUAACCUGGACCGCAGGGGAAAACGGCAAGGAGUCUUCCGCCCAGAGCAGGAUGCUGUCUCCAGGAUGACCUUUGAGGACCCCAAGAGCUCCCCUCUGCUUCCUCCGGACCUGUUAAAGAGUCUGGCUGCCUUGGAGGAGGAGGAAGAGCUGAUUUUCUCUAAUCCUCCUGAUCUUUACCCAGCUCUGCUGGGGCCUCUCGCCUCUCUUCCUGGACGAAGCCUCUUUAAAUCCCUGCUGGAAAAACCAUCAGAAUUGAUGUCUCAGUCAUCAUCUUUCCUGUCCCUCAGUGGCUUUUCUCUUAAUCAGGAAAGAUAUCCAAACAACAGCAUGUUCAAUGAGGUGUAUGGGAAAAACAUGAAUACCAGCACAAAAACAGAAGUCACCCCUUCAGUUGCCCAUCAGGAGACUUCACUAUAUUCUCUCUUUGAAGGGACUCCGUGGUCUCCAUCCCUUCCAGCCAGCUCAGAUCAUUCGACACCAGCCAGCCAGUCUCCUCACUCCUCCAACCCCAGCAGCUUGCCAAGCUCCCCUCCAACCCAUAACCACAACUCUGUUCCCUUCUCCAACUUCGGACCUAUCGGGACUCCAGACAACAGAGACAGGAGAGUCGCAGACCGCUGGAAAACAGAUAAGCCAGCAAUGGGAGGGUUUGGUCUGGACUAUCUCCCAGCAACAUCGUCCUCUUCAGAGAGCAGCUGGCACCAGUCCAGUGCUCCCAGUGGCACCUGGGCAGCCCAAGGUCCCCCUGCUAUGGAGGACUCCUCAGCUGUGCUUAUGGAGAGCCUGAAGUCCAUCUGGUCCAGUUCCAUGAUGCACCCUGGACCUUCAGCUCUGGAGCAGCUAUUAAUGCAGCAGAAGCAGAAGCAGCAACGCGGACAAGGCACCAUGAACCCGCCGCAUUGAGACAGAGGUGACCACCCUUGCAAAUGAAGGCUCCAUAAACCAUGGCAUGUUGGGUUUGCAGGACUGGCCCACACGGUCCUGUGCAGGUGGCAGCCCUCUCUUCUGUUCCUUGCUGUCAGGAGGGCGUAAGUGCUCCACCAACCCACUGAGUGUGCACAAAAACGUCUGCAGUGCAAGAAAACAACAUCAGGAACUCUCCCAUCCCUGGGCCCUCUGGAAGGAGAGAGGAACUGCUGCUUGUCUCACUCAGUAACCCGGUAUCACCGCCUCUCACCUUCUCCAUCGUGCAUGUCCCCAGCCACAUGGGAAGUAAAAGCUGAGAACGAAGGGCAGAUGGGAGAAGCCAACGAGAACUUCUCAAUCCUUUUCCUCUCUUUGGGGAGAUAAAAUAGGAAUCCAUUAAUGAUUGCUUUGCUGACUGAGAAUGUAGUUGAAAUUACUCUUAAAACAUCUUUAUUACUAUCUCAGUAGUAAGAUCACACUGAAUUCUUCCGUACACAGACGUGCUUCGUAGUCAGUGUGUAGCAACGAAAGCCCCGGCUGCUGCUCCGGUCAGAGGUGGUUGGUGGCAAGGUGGGGCUCGAUCUCCUGGGCUAGCGAAGGAGUUUCAUGAAGGAGAGCCUAGCACUUGACACCACUUACCUUUCACCUAAAGGCUUUGACCAGCCCACGGGUGGAUUAGAGACUCCAGCAUGAAAUGCCCUCCUCUCAGUAGGUGUUUGAGCUGUAAUGGGUGAUGUGGGGCAUUGCAGCACUCUGCUGGACAAGCAAGUUACUGGCUAUGGGGUUUUAAAUUAA